UCUCUACGUCCUCGGCCUCUGCGUCUCCGUCGUCUGCGAGUUGCCUGCAGCGCGCACCAUGUCACGCCCCUCGGGCUCCGGCGCGCCCCUGGGCAGCAGCGGCCUGCCCCGGCCCGCCGCAGCUCCAGGCGCCUCGCGCUUCGGCUUCGGAGCACCCGCCGCACGGGUGCCGUCUGCGGGCGCGCCGGCAGCGCAGGCGCGGCCCAGCGCCAUGCCCGUCGGUGCACGCAGCAGCCUUGCCGCACCCUCAGCUGGCGCCGGCAAGCGCUCUGCCAGCGUGGCCGGACUCGGCGACAGCCAAGCGCCUGCGCCUCACAUGCGCUCCUCGAUGCUCUCCUCGAGGGCGCACUCGCCGCCAGCGUCGCCGCGAGUCAAUCUGGCCGCCGAGAUGGAGGCGCUGCGCAGCGAGUCGGAGCGCAAGCUCCUCGUCGCGCAGCGCAGCUACGACUCACUGGAGCGUGACUUUGCCGAGCUUGGCGGCAAGGUCGACCGGCUGGAAAAGGAGCGGCGAGAGCUGCUGCGCGAGUGGGAGGAGCGCAGCGCGGAGAACAGGGACCGAGAGCGCGAGUGGAGAGAGGCGGAGACGCAACUCAAGUCAGAGAUCACGAAGCUGCACGCGAGCAAUCUAGCAGCCACGCGCUCCGCCUCCGAGCUGCAGGCAUCGCUCUCGACACUGUCGCAGAAGAACCGAUCGGAGCAGACCGCCCUGCAAGGCCGCGUGCUGGAACUCGAGGGCGACCGCGACGAGGCUUUGGAGCAGGCAAGCAUCGCGCAGGAGGAGCUUGCGCGGAGAGAAGAGGAGUGGAAAGCGAAGGAGACGCAACUGCGGGAAGACCUGGGCCGGUCACAGCCCAAAGAGGAGGACACGCGCCUGGCCGAGGAGCUGCAUCGGCAAACGAGCCACGUCCGAACGCUGGAAGCGAACGUCGCAAAGCUGGAGCAGGAGAACCGGCAGCUGCGCGACCACCACACCAGCGUCGAGGUGCUGCGCGAAGAGAAGCGCGCUGCCGAGACGCGCGCCCGAAACGCAGAUGAGCUGCGCUCCAAGGUGAUGAACGCAGAAGCGCGCAUCGAGAGGCUGGAGCUCGAGAAGUCGAGCAGGGCCGAGCAGCUCGUCACCGGCGCGCCGAUGUCGUUCGAAGAGGCACAGCUCUUUGCGUCCAACCCGGAUGCGCCAUUGCCGCAGCUCGUCGCCCCGGAGCCGCUCGACGUCCCUCAGCUGCCCGGCUGGCUAGCCACGCUCCGCGGCACGGUCUCGGGUCUCACUGCGCGGUCCGAGGUGCUUGCGCAGCGACUGCAAGUUGCCUCGGCGCGCGCCGAGCAGGCCGAGAAGGACUUUACGGAGUCAGGUCGCGCGCGAGAGAAGCUCAGCGCGCAGCAGGCCGAAGACGCGGCUGCCCGCACACGAGCUGAGCGUCUGGCGAAGAGCGCGCAAGACGAGGUGGAGCGAUACAAGGCCAUCUACGAGACAUUCACUGCAGAGGCAGCCAAUCGCUCCAGCACCUUCGACGCAGCCAACGCCGAGCGGAUAGCUGGGCUGGAGGCAAGCAACAAGGAGCUGCACGCUGAGGUCGAGCAGCUCUCUGCCGAUCUGCAAGCGGCUCGACAGGAGGUCACGCAGAAUGCCGGCCGGGCAUCGGCGGCAGAGGACGACGCCGAGCGCGCUGCUCUCGUAGCUGCAAACGAGCAGCUCAGCCAGGAGCUGCAAGAGACGAAGGCCGGUGUGCAGGCGCUGCAGAAGGAGUGCGAGCGGCUCAGCACGGAGAGCGACGACAUCUGGCGGCGCUACAUGGGCGGCGAGCACUCGGCGCAGCAGCGCGUGGUCGAGAUGCUCAUCAACCCGGCGCAGCAGCGCAUGGACCUCAGCCGCGCGCGCAUCGAGGGCCUGCAGCGCGACAACGAGCAGCUCAUCCAGCGGAUAGCCGAGCUUGAAGCUGCGGGUGCCAGCGCCCCGGGCACGGAAGGUGGGUCACAGGCUGGCCAGCAGAGCCUGCAAACCAUCCUCGAGCUCCGCGAGGCCCUCAAGAUGAAGGAGAAGGUGCUCGACAGAGUCCGCUCGGUCUUCAAGGCCAAGGGCACCGAAUACCGCGAGACGGUCGAGGCGCUCUUCGGCUUCAAGGUCAAGUGGGAGCAGGACGGCCGCGUCAAGCUCACGUCGUCCUUUGCGCGCUCGGCAAAGGGCACGACGCUCACAUUCCGCUCCGACCGCGACGACAUGGGCGCCAUGAAGAUCCACGGCGAGGCGAUGCAGGGCAUGGCCAACAUCGAGAAUCUGCGCACAUACUGGCUCGACGGCGCCAAGAGCGUGCCGUGCUUCCUUGCGGCUCUGAACAUCGAGCUCUACGAGAGCACCACUCGCGCCCGUCUCGGCGGCUGGGUCGACGAGCAGGAGCCGGCAGAGCCUCAGCCGCGCGUGGCUGCCGGCGUCUUCCAGGACGACGACGAGUGACGGGCUUUCUCCGCAGUAUGAUAUCCUU